AUGUGUCCUCCAGCUUAUGCCAUCUACUUCGACUAUAAACGGCAUUCGGAUGCGGAAUUCCGACGGAAUCUUAAGCGAGAUAACCGACGACUGGCCAGAGUAGUCCGCGAACAAUCAGAAGCCAAAGGCGCACAGCAAAUAGCUGAGAUUAAACAAGCUUUGCAGGAGGCAAAGGAAGAGGGCUUCCCCUCAGAUCCAGAAGAUAAGGAGGCAUUCUUCAUGGGCCAGAUUUCUAAGGGAGAGCAAUUAGCCGCUCAAGGAACGAGUAACCUCGAAGCAGCGCUUGCAUUCUACAAGGCGCUAAAGGUGUACCCGCAACCCAAGGACCUCAUUGCCAUUUACGACAACACUGUACCCAAGGACGUGCUUGAAAUCCUGGCUGAAAUGGUGGGCCAGGACACAUCGCUGCAAUUGGGCUCUUUCACCAGCGGUGGUAGCGGGUCGGAUUAUCAUGGGGUGGAAUAA